UAUAGGGCUACGAUAAUACUAUACAACGGCCCAGUUGAGUCGCCACAAUGGAGGGCGUCGUUUGCAAAGUGACCCUCUUCCUCCUCUUGGGAAGACUUGGAGCAGCCGCACGAGGGAGCUCCUUCGAGGAUUUUGACCUUACAGUUCCACUUCCACUGAGAGACAACUUUCCGAAGGACCGAUGGUCACUUUAUCUCCCAACCGAGGUCAAAAACAACUCGCUGUGUCGUAGUGCCUUAGACGCCAUGAUGACAGAACUGAGUGAGAUGGAAAUAACACCUUCACAUAAACUGGUCGACUCCUGGGGGAAAACGUCCUCCGGGUACAUGAUAGGACUCAUGGCUUUUCACGGCGUUUACGAUGAAUGCAAAAACUUCGUCUCGUCUCCCAACGCAACGGGAGAAGGUUCCUACAAAGGCAGAUACUGCAAUAUAAAUCUCAAGAAAUUCCAGAGAAAAAAACUAAUUUAUCAAGAAAGGGAGGAACAUCCUGUAUUUUCACUACCGUGGGUGCACCCAGCGGAGGUUGGGUCAACCAUUAUAGAUGUACUACUCAGCCGAACUUUGGCAAAUGGAACUCAAGUCGGCUAUUCCACUUGCAUCCCAGAUGUUUGCACUGGACUUGACCUCCAGGAAUCACUGGAAGAAGUCGUUCGGGACACGGAUUUCAUCCUUCAAGGAAUCAACUGUCACCUGGACCUCACGUCUGACCCUUUCUCCACCGAAGAUAUAGUGUUUAUAGUCGUGCUCAGUGUCAUAGCCGGCGUGAUUGUUUUGGCUUCCGUGGUAGAUAUAUACAUUCAGAAAUCAGGCAACAAGAGCUUGUCCAAAGGUGGUCUUCGCUACCUUCUACCAUUCUCUGCGUACACGAACGUCCAAAAGUUGUUCCACAUGAAUACGGAAACCACACCUGAGACUAUCACCUGUCUUCACGGGAUAAGGGUCUUGUCCAUGACUUGGGUGGUAUGGGCUCACCAACAAAUGACAACCUUUGUUUACACUACCAACCUCUUCAGUAUGUUUGACAAAAUGCGAGGCCUUCUCUACCAGACAGCACUCAAUGGCUUUCCCAGUGUCGACACUUUCUUCUUCAUCGGGGGAUUCCUGAUGGCCUACAGCGUUCUGAGGCAAUACAAGAGGAGCAAAAGAUUCAACCUCUUCCUCUUCUACUUCCAUAGAGUUCUCAGGUUAGUACCGCCAAUUCUGCUGACUGCCGGACUGUAUGCCACUGUUGCCAAAUACUUCUUGGGUGGCCCUUUGGCGUCGAUAUGGAAUUACACCAGAGACAUAUGCCAACGAAACUGGUGGAUGGAUGUCACCUUCGUUAGUAAUUUUGGAUGGCUGUUUGACGAGCAAUCGUGUCUUGGGCAGUGCUGGUACCUGGCAGUCGAUUCUCAGCUGUAUCUCGUAGCACCAUUGAUACUACUGCCGAUCUUGUAUAAUGAGAGACUUGGGAUGGUAUGGCUCUAUAUUGUGACAAUGGCUUCCUUCAUUGUACCCGCUGCAGUGAACUAUGCCUAUGAUCUGCCACCUACAAGCUUGUUACUUGAUCCGAAAGGCACGGACUUCUUCAACUAUAACUACUGUGCGCCAUGGUGUCGCGCUGGUCCUAUCUAUAUUGGUAUCUGGCUCGGAGUCUUUAUGGCAAAUAACGGAUCACAGAAGAGUAAGCUGAAACCGUGGGAAGUUCUGGCCGGAUGGACGGUGGCAAUUUUAACUGGUCUCAUGGUAGUGUACGGUGUUUGGUCAUACAACGUCUACCCACGUAAAAUACCGUAUGACGUCAUGACUCAAUUGCUAUAUGGUGGACUACAUCGUCCUGCCUGGGCUGCUGCGCUUGCGUGGGUGGUCUUUGCUUGCUACAAUGGCUAUGGAGGCUUCAUCGAUGACUUUUUGUCACACCCUGUAUGGCAACCGAUAAGUCGCCUCACGUAUUCCAUCUACCUGGUGGCAUUAUCUCUGCAGGGGGCAAUUACUUACAACACCAGAAUACAAUUUUACUUCGACCAUUACUCUAAGGUAUUGGAGACUGUAGGGGCAAUAGUCAUGUCAGUGAUACCAGCUAUACUCGUUUCCAUCACUGCCGAAUCUCCUAUCAUCGGGAUAGAAAAACUCCUCUUCAGACGUCCUGCAGGCAGAGGGGAACGAAGGCCGAAGGAGCCGAGUCAUCUCGAGGGUAGUGACAACAAGGCUUUUGAGCAGGCGACGGAACUCAAGGAAAUGGAAGUCCCGGCCGCUGAGGUCAACGGAAUUCAGCGAAAUGGCAGUUCAGGGUCACCUCCCCCUUACUGCGAGGUUGAGGUACUCGAGUCAUCCUCUAAAUUAUAGUUUACCUUUGUAUUUUUUUCUUAUCGAGGUUGCUUCCUGCUUUACAGUUUUCGUUUCAAGAUACUAUAUUUCAGUAACAAUUAAAAUCUAGUUUUAUAAAAUUAACACUCAAUGACGCUGUUGUCUGUAAUAGAAGAAAAAGACAUCAGCAAAUUAUGAACAUA